AUGGACCAGCCUGAGACCGACGAUGAAGGAGGUCGCAUUCUGACAUAUCGUUCCAACAAUGGCCAAAUGCACUUGCUGGUUCGCGCCGGUGAACCAUCCGACAGUGAACGUGACAUGAAGAAUGGUAGGUGGAUCACCAAGAGGGAUUGGCAGGUGCUAACUGCGGACGAUUCGUGGAGCUCACGACGAGAAUUUGCCCUUGCAAAGGUUGUUCCUUCGUUUGAGAAAUUUGGAGCAAUCUUCAGAAUCACAGCAAGAAAAAGAACUAUACCAGUUGUGACUUCGCGCGCGCAUUUAAAAGUGGACAUGUAUUAUGAAACCAUCACAAAUAAACAUUUCGAAGCUCUGAAUCGCUGCGAAUGCAUCCGAGAAGUCGAUGACGGGGUUGUAAUGGAGCACAUUGGUGCCAGAUUUCAACUUGAAGUUGCGCCGUGGCACGCGAGAAUCAUGCGACAUGAUGAUGCGGGAUGCACUGAACCAUAUGGCAAGCAGACGUCGUCCGAACGGUACCGUGUGAUCAAGUUCGACAGGCUUACAUCGGCCAUGUCCAAGUUCCGUGUCCAUUACUCUCAAGCCUUGAAUAUCACAUUGUAUUCACGCGACUAA